AUGAAUCCCGAAUUUGAGUUACGUGAACAAGACAGAUGGUUGCCGAUUGCUAAUGUUGCACGGCUGAUGAAGAAUACGCUCCCCGCAUCGUCUAAGGUGAGUAAAGAUGCCAAAGAGUGUAUGCAAGAAUGCGUUUCCGAGUUUAUAUCGUUUGUUACAUCGGAAGCAAGCGAUAGAUGUAUGACAGAGAAAAGAAAGACUAUUAACGGGGAGGAUAUCUUGGUUGCGUUGUAUACUCUUGGAUUUGAGAACUAUGCCGAGGUUUUGAAAAUUUAUCUUGCCAAGUACAGGCACCAGCAAACAUUAAAGCAAGAGAAAGGUGAGGUUCGUUCAAAGAAGAAAAAACAGCCUAAGGUGAAUGAGGAACAGCCGGUGAAAGAUACCGUAGAUGAAGUAGAAGUACAACAAAGUUUAAGUGACAAUGAGGAGCAAGUGUAUCAACAUCCAAUGGAUGAAGAAUCGGUCGUUGUGAUAAACAAUAACACGGAUAUAAAACAUGUAACACCGCAUACACAUGUUGAUAAGUUACGGUCCGACGAAGUCGACAAAAGUGCAUAUGAUGCAGAAUAUGUUUCACAACUAUAUGAACAAAACUACACUGAUCUACCACUAACUAUGGGAAACCCAGAUUACCAUGGUGUUGGCGCAAGUGGAAGCAUCUUAACUAAGUCAGAGAGUGUUAUGGAGAAAGUGGCUGUAGGACCCGAUGUCCACUUAGGCAAUCAUGCAACACUUGAUCAAAUAAAUUCACAAUUAAACAAAUCCGAGGAAGAAAGUUCACAAUUAAGAAACACAAGUAGGAUACAGAAGGAUACCAAUAGAAAUUCUAGCUUUGCAUCCAACGAGGCUAGAAAUUCUGAAUUUACUGUUACAAAAACCCCUGCUAAUACCGGCACAAGUGAUUUACUUCUGUUAAACGACAACGUGACGGAUAUUACAGAACGAGAAGAAAUUGUCGGGUUGACAAACGGACAUAGUGGAAUGUAUGGGUUUGAUUGA